AUGUGUGGUGUCCAUUCACGUGGUCGUUCUCUUGCAGGUGAUGGCGGACAUCACCCGUCCGAAGGCACCAAGGGCGUGAACGGGUGCGCCGGAGGCGGCGUGGGGGCGGCGCCGGCCGCCGUGGCGGCUGCAGGGGCGGUGGCGGGCGCCGCGGCGCCUCCGGCUGGCCGUCGCGCCUCCGACGGCGAGCAGCGCCGCAUGGUGGACAUCACGCGCGACAAGCCCAUCAAGGUGACGGUACGCGUCGUCGUACCGGUUCGGGACCACCCAAAGUUCAACUUCGUGGGGAAGCUACUGGGUCCUAAGGGCAACUCGCUGAAAAGGCUGCAGGAGGACACGAUGACGAAAAUGGCCAUCCUAGGACGCGGUUCAAUGCGGGAUAAACAUAAGGAGGAGGAACUGCGGUGUUCGGGCGACCCCAAGUUCUCCCACCUGAGCGACGACCUACACGUCGAGAUCACGGCGUUCGCCCCGCCGGCAGAGGCGCACGCACGCAUCGCGUACGCUCUCGCCGAGGUGCGACGUUUCCUAGUACCGGACUACAACGACGAGAUCAGGCAGGAGCAGAUGUGGGAGAUGCAGAUCCUGAACACGGCGAUGCAGCGGCGGCCGCUACUGGCGGCGGCGAGCCCGGCGUCUUCCGAGUCGCCCCCCGGCAGCCUGUCGCCGGGCAGCCCGCCCCCCGCGGCGGCGGCGCAGCCCGGGGGCCGCCACGUCGCCUCCCCGCCGCCCCCGCAACAGCAGCCGGCGCCGCAGCAGCAGCCGCCGCCCCCGCAGCAGCCGCCACCGCAGCAGGUGUCUGCGCAGGCGCCGCUGCUGCACCCCGCGCUGCGCGGCCUCGAGCCUGCAGCCCGGUGGCCGGUGGCGCGCAGGCGGCCGCAUCGGCCGCGGCGGCGGCGGCGGCGGCGGUGGUCGCCCAGCAACAGCAGCAGCAGCAGGCCGCCGCCGCCACAGCAGGUGGCGGCGUGGCAGGGGCGCCUCUGGUGGGACGCAAGCGGCCUCUGCUGCCUGGGGGCGGCCGGCCAGCCAUGUCGCCCACCAAGCGCACUGUGCUCUCCAUCCUGGCAAGGGCCCGCGCCGCGCAGGGCAAGGACCUGCCAGACUACCUGCACCCCGCCAACGGAAGGAGCGCGGGCAUACCGGUGCUACGCGAGGACAUUAUUCCCGGAGGAGGACUCGUGUAAGGACAUACGGUUUCAAGAGGCGACGGGCAGGCAGCUACACACAUGGUGCCAACAGGAGAAAUGCCUCAUACAGCUGCUAGCUCGGCGAGCCACGACCCCGCAGCGCAUGGUCGGUUUACACACUAUCCUAAUGAUGACGAGGGCUACAACGAAGCCUUGUCGACUGGAGGGACGAGACAGAGAGAACGAUCUUUCGCUUUCAUAACGACAUAUCUAGAGAUGAUUCAAUCGAAGCCUUUCGCUAAGAGUCUACUCAAAGGCGAACUGUCUGUCACCGUUUUCCUUGUAAGUUUCCUGAAGUAACGAAGUAGGCCUACUGUUCCUGCAGGCAGUUUGAAUUGACAGACAUUACUGUACUAUAAAAGAGCCUCUAACCAAAAUACCUGAAGAUUGUUUCCCUUAUUUUAUCAAUAGCUCUUCACUACACUUCUGUUUACUUACGAGGCGAAAGAAUUAAAAACAAUGUCUUUCGCCCAUGAUGAAAUGAAAAUAAGUAGACAUUUUUAACGCCACAUCUCUACCAAAUGUAAGUCGCAACAGUUCAAAUAUUCAUGCUGAAUGGCGGUGUUUAUCAUUCUAAACAGUCAAACUUUGCAAAUAAAUUACCCACGUAUCCUUAACACAGUCAUAGUAAUCGAAUAAACGAGUUUCAUGUACCCCCUCUGUAAUCAUCCUACACGUGAACCAGAUAGCAAAAUUCCUUGAUCAAGUGUUGAGUCGUCUCCUGCGAUGUCUUUGACGUAUUUGUUUAAUAUAAAACGUGACUGGGCUUCUUACAAAAAUUUCUAUAUUUUCUCACGUGUAACCAAGAAACAUAUUUAAUGGCUGCACCAAUAAGCCAAUGAGUGAGAUUGAGAUAAGUACUGUAAGAGAUAUAGCUGGACAAUUUAAGAGUAAGUAUGUCAGAUGUUUAUACUUCCAUUUUAUUUUCAUAGACUCAAUUUAUAAAUAUGAGGAACAGAAGAGGGAACAAUUAGGGUACCACAUGUGAAGUAAUAGAGUCCUAGCUUUAUCUAUUAAGACAUUCUCAAAGAGGAACUGAUCGCCUAUCUGAAUUCCCAUACCCAGUCACUGGUUCCCACAGAAAACCUUUGAUCAGCAUCUUCGUAAUUCACAUCACUGAUCAAGCUGAAUCUCUCAAAAAAUAGCCCAUUUUUGUUGCAAAAUUAAAUAUUUCUGUUUCAUAUUACAUUUCAUGGAAUGAUUUGAUUCAACAUUUGGGAAUACUGGACCAAAUUUGAUAACAAUCUUAUUAAAUAGCAUAGGAAUUUGAGAGACCUAAUUCAGAUAUUUUUCAAAACUAAAAUGCAAAUACUGUCUGUUUUACAUAGCUUAACAAACAUAUAUUUCAAAACAUGUUGCAUCAGUACAGUUGCAUUAAAAUGUAGAAAGGGCCUAGCUGAAAAUAUAAAUUUGGUAUCUGGAUCAAGUUAGCUGUGAACUGCAGAUACUAUCAGUUUAUUACAGGAGGAAAAGAAUUAUUUCAUAGUUCUGAAUAAUUACAGUGACUGCAUUAGUGGUGCUUGUAAAAUGAAAACUAUGUACAAUGUAAUGACUAAUAUCCACUUGCAUAUUUGUGCAAAUCAAUGCAUUGUUAAAUACUUGGAUGUUAGUGAAGAAUUUUGUAGUAACCAUUUGAUGUUACAGAACUAGAAAACUUGUCAUGUGUGCUCGAAUGCAGGAAUCAAUGUAUAUUUUAUUGUAAUUUAUAAACCUUCAGCACUGCAUUAAAUAAUUUAAUAUGUGAGAUAUAUUUAUCUAUAUUUGCAAACUUUUAUACUUAUGCUUACAUGAUAUGUAUAUUGAAUGAUCUUGUCCUGCACUGAAUGCAGAUUAUUUUCCAUUUUUCUGUACACAGGGUCAAGAAUAAGAGUUUGCUAUAAUUUUUGACGUCUUAAACCUUUUGCUAAGAGAAUGUUUAAUUUUAUAAUUCAGCUGGUCUUGUACCAUUUGUGUCCCUUAAUACAGUGCCAAAAUAUUUGAUGUCGUGGUUAAUUUACAAUUAUUCAACGAACUAGUUUAUGUGUGAAACAUGUCAGACCACCAUCUAAUUUCUCAUGAUAAGGGUCUUCAUUGAAUAAAUGUGUCAAUUAUGUGAUGUUGAAUAGAAAGAUAUUAAUCAUUCAUAGCAUGAUUAAAUAUGGAUGUUUCUAAUGACAUUUCGCUUUUUAUGUAUUGUAAAUGUAUGCUAUAUGUUAUUAUUGGAUGUUGGAUGUCUUUGAAAACUUUCAUCUGUUACUUAGCAGUUAUACUCAUCUGUGUAAUCCUACAGAUAAAUAUAAAUGUACUUGUUAAUAACACCAUUGUAGAUCUACCCAGUUUACAGUUGUAUGUUACAUAGUAUGACAGUAAUUGAUGUGUAUGUGCAUAUAGGCUGUUUAACACCCAACAAUAUCCCUAAAGCAAUAGACCCCCUCGUGGUUUAUUCAUUUAUAUACUUAGUGAUGUAUAACAGCAACAAUAAUAAAAUAUCUUAAUUCGCCAGUAGCGGCAGACACAUUUCAGACGAGAUAUUUGUGUUAAACUCUAGUUGUAACACUUAUAAGAAUAGUGGCACUAUGGCUUAAAAUGUUUAACAGGAAAAUUAAUUAAUGCUUAUAGUUUAGCUUCACUGUCCCUAAACUGUUUAACAAUCGUUUAAUAAAAUUAUAUUGUCGAUGUCAGUACAUAUCUAACAUAAGAACUUAAAUAUAAUGAUAUUUUAAAGAAAGAUAUAUAUUAAAUGAUCCUUAAUUAUUCAUCAACAGCUAUGUGUUUCAACAAUUUUCAGAAAUUUGUAUUAUGUGCUUUUCUUAAAAAGUAUUAGUUUACUGCAGUUAGAGUAUAAAAUGAAAUGUAAUUGUUCUAAAAUAUUAAUAGAAGAAAUAAAAAUUUGAAAACAAUUAAUUAAAUUUCAAUGAUUUUUUUCAAAACAGUAAUUAAACACAUUUUACAAAUAAAUCAUAAACCAUUUUCUAAUCACAACCAUCAACAAAAACAAAUUACUCUACUGUUAGGACCAGAUGAAAGAGUAUUAUUUUGCAGGUCAACAUGGCAAUAACUUCCUCUGCAAAUGAAUCGACAGAGGAUGUCCAGUGGUAAGGUGCAGGCAAAAGUAUUUUUGGAAUAAUAUGAUUUUCAGCAUUUAUUAUAAAUAUGAAAACAAAACACCAAUGUAAAGCAGACUGUUACUGGUAUUUGAAAACUCUAGCUUUAAUUGUCAAAACAAUUUCAACUGUGAAGUAUGUUCGCUGUGUUUCAUUGCAACGAUUUAUGAUCUUCAUAGAUGACUUAUAUACAUAACUUGUUAAAAUAAGAUUUUAUUAUUGGAUGUUCCCAUAACUGUUGCAUUUUAUGUCACUGUAUAUUAAAUGUCUCAGUAUUAUGGCCACCAAAGUGAACAGAAAUAUAUACAUUUAAAUUUUCAAAA